AUGGAAUCAGGUAGCUCAAUUGCUGAAUCAGAAGAUUUUCUCCAAUUAGGAAAAAACAAAAAAAAGCAUUCACCAGACAUGUAUUUAGAAAUACCUUCAAAAGACAGAGAAGGUAAAAUGCCAAAAUCCAUUCUCAAAAAGAAGCCCACAGAAGCAACAAGAGAAAAAUCUAAUGAUGCUGAUAGUUUUUCAGAACGAGUAUUACAACUCUUCCCUGUGAUUGGCGGUCUGAUAAUUUUAGUGGUGUUUGCCAAGUUUAAUAGGGUGGAUCAUGACACGGUUGUGAACAUGGUCGCUUCUUAUCUUGUUGGACUUGGAGCCAUGUACAUUCAAAUGAGAUUUAAUGAACAGUAG